AUGGAGACAAUUUGGACCGGUACUACAAAUACUUCUCUUCAUAUAGAAAAACCAGUGGAAGUCGAGCCAGGAUUUCCACCCGAAGAUCGAGUCAGAGAAGGGGCGACUUUUGAAGUCGUCGGUGUAGAUCUAGCAGGUCCCCUCUAUCUCCAUGAGGAGGGGUCUAAAGCGUGGAUAGUCUUGUAUACAUGUGCCAUUUAUAGAGCCAUUCACCUCGAACUAGUUACUUCUCUAUCUACAGAAACUUUCAUCCAAUCUUUACGUAGAUUCAUUGCCAGAAGAGGUAGACCUUAUGUGAUAUAUUCCGACAACGGAACUAAUUUUGUAGGGACUAACAGUGUUCUUAAGAAAGUUAAUUGGAACGCCAUAUGUUCAGCUGCUUCUAUCCAAAGGAUACGAUGGAAGUUCAACCCUCCGACCGCCGCCUGGUGGGGAGGUUGGUGGGAGAGGCUUGUGCGAAUGGUGAAAGAAAAUUUAAGAAGAGUGUUAGGUCGAACGUCCUUAAAUUAUGAAGAAUUAUAUACUAUAUUAUGUGACUGUGAACAAGUGAUUAAUUCGCGACCUAUCACAUACGUAUCAGAGGAUAAUCAAGAUCCAUCACCACUGACCCCUAUGAUGUUCCUGCAAGAAUUGCCGUCAUCAGGAGUUCCUGAUAUGGACUACGUAGAUUCCAAAGAACUAAACCGUCGAGCCAAAUACCGACAGAGAAUAAGACAUGAUCUACGAAACAGAUUUCGUAAUGAAUAUCUUGGUCAGUUGAGACAACAGGCAAUAAAGAAGGGAAAAUUUCAACAGUUGCAAGUAGGCGAUGUCGUUCUAUUGGAAGACAGCCAGAGACGACGCAUACAUUGGCCUUUAGCCAAGAUAGUCGAGCUUUUCCCCAGUAAAGACGGAAUAGUUAGACUAGCGAGGGUCAAGACAAGAAAUGGAAUUCUGCUUCGUCCAGUGCCCCGGCUUUUCCCGUUGGAGAUCUCUACUUCCGAAUCCGUUGGCCCUCCGUUCCCCGACAGAGCACCUCGAGAUAGAAACGACCAUGCAACUGGUCAGGCUGAUCAGGCUGCUAGUAUUCCAGAACCUGCCUCAAGUCCUCGAGUGAUGACCAGAGCUGGACGAGUUGUUCGGCCUCCUCAUCGACUGGACCUGUGUGUAUUGAGUUCCUCCGCAUCGUCGGAUCUCAAUGGUGGGAGGUGA